GUCAGCCGGAGUCCCCAGCCUGUCAUUUCGUUUUUUGACGUAACGACUCGAUCGAUGUAUAGCCAGUUUCGCCCGAAGGAUUUGACUUUUGCUUAAAACAAUUUGAUUAAAUUGUUCAUUUGGUGUAUAAUGCGAGGGGACCCGUCACGUUUUGAUACUUCGGAGAGUAAUGACUGCAAAAUGGCGGAAAAUGGACACGAAAAUAUGGACAGUGUUGAUGAUAGCCUGCAGGACAUUGAUGAUUGUGACGUAGGGAAUCCAAACGAUGAGGAUUUUUACGAUGAUUUACCAGACUCAGUGAUUGUAACGAAUAUUGCGGACAGUGUCUUUCUCGACCCUGAUACCCAGAAACAGUUUGAAGAAGUGUUCAGAUAUUUCGAUGAAUCAGUGACUUUUAAUUUCCUGAAAAGUUUCCGUCGAGUGCGAGUGAAUUUUAGCCAUCCUGAGUUUGCCGUGAAGGCAAAGCUUAGCUUACAUGAAAUGGAAGUUUGUGGAACCUGUAUCAAGUGCUACAUGGCCCAGCCGCGCGACAAAAGUCGCGACAAAACUGACCCACACCUACAGCUCCCUGCCCUAACAAAACAGUUUUUGAUCUCUCCACCUGCCUCGCCCCCUGUGGGCUGGGAACCAGUCACUGAAUCGGAACCCAUCAUCAACUACGACCUCCUAGCGGCCAUGGCAAGCCUCACGCCAGGAGAAGCCCAUGAGCUCCACAAACAGACAGAAAGCCAGCCUGCUAUCAUUGUACAUAUCUGUGAAAAUAAGGAAGCUAGCGACCUUUAUGGGGACAAACGCCCAAAACUGCCGCAAACCCGCUGUCCAGAGCGUAAGACGUGAUGCCGUUACUGCUGUGUGGAUCUUCUUUUUCUUCCUGAAACCAGUUAUCUCAUUUCCUGUAAAAGGACAGUGUUGUAAAAAAAACUUGGGGGCUAAUAACUUUUAACUUCCAGUAAGAUCCUAGGUUGCGAUUUAAUUAAGAACAGUUUCUAAUAUUUGCUCUGAUGAUACUGUUACCCUGUGCAGGGCUUUCAAAAAGUAUAAUUUCAAACUGCCAAAAUUAUGCUUGUAUGUGAACUUCAAAAUACAUGAGUUCAUUAGCAAACUGUUAGGUGAAUAAAGCUUGUGGAACUGUGGACAUCAUCUUUCUUGGUGGAAUAUACCAAUAGACGAACAAAUAUAGGAUAUUGUCGAGUCGGAGACAAGUAUAUUACUGCAAAUGAUUAUUUGAUUUCAAGUCGGUACAUGGUGAAACAUGGUAUCGAAAGUUUUGUACAGAUUUUUGUAACAAUUUGUGUAACAUUAAUCUAGAUUUACUUAAUGUGAUUUUAUUUGCAUAAAAGAAUUCUCUUGAAAGUUGGAACUUCUGGACUGUAGAUCUGGAAUCGGCCCACAAUAAGGACUUUGUUGAGAAAGGCUGAUUAUGAGGUUAAGCUUACUUUAAAAACUGUAUGCUUUUACAUCCUGCAUAACCUUGUGUAUACUUAAAUGGAAGGACUGGAAAUGUCACUUUAAAUAUCAUUUCCAGUGUGUCCCUGGAACUUAAAUUUUGAAGCGAUAGGGAUAUUAAUACAUUUUUUUCUUAUUGUGCUGGGUAGACAUGUGUAUUUAUUACACUUGAAAAUAUUAUACUCCCGUUUUGGAUCCAGAAUUAUAUUGUUCAGACAAAAAUAUAAAAAAGGUACUCACACUUAUGUAUAUGUUUUGGAAAAUUUAAUUUAAAAAAAAAUACUGUGUAAUUGAACUUUAUUGACUGUAGUGAGAGACGGUCAAGUUAAGGUUGCUUAACUUAGGGGCAUCUUCCUGGUUCAGUUUUUAAACAUUAUCAACAGAAUCAUCAACCAACAAAAAGAUCAGGGUGCCAAUAAAAAGGGCAGGGCACCUUGCAAGGUAUACAAAUUAAUGUAGGGUGCAACACCUUGCUAUUCUUUGCUAGCUGAAACAUUGGUAAAAUACAACCAAGUCUCCUUGUAAAUAGAUGUAUUGAUAUAUACAAGGCAUUGAGGGAAAUCUUUACACAGCUUGCCACAUGAUAUCAAUCCAUUAUAUUGACAGCGUGUAUCUCUUUCGUGUUAUUUGUUACAUUUUUUACGUAGCUGUUAAUGUGUCAUUGUUUCGUGUACAUUCUUUUCCUUAAGUACAUGUUGCAUGCUAUGUAGGAUUAUACACACACCUUACGUUGUUAUGGUAACAUAACAAGCCUCUUUAUGAGAUCUAAACAUUUUUAUGAUAUUGAUUUAGGUAUUUUUUUUUCAAGCUAAUAAGAUAGGAUUUACAUGUAUUGGUAAUGAAACAUCAACACGAAAUGUGACAAUAGAUGAAGAGACACCAAAAGAUUAUAUGGAAUUAAAAGUUAAACAACACCACAACAGAAUUUUAUUACCGUGUAAUUUAACAUUUAUAUAUUAAUUUACAUGCAUUCCCAAACAAAUUUUAUUUUCCCAAUAGUUCGCAUCAUUAGUCAUUGUUUGCAUUAAUUUGAUAACAAUUCAGGAUGAAUGCUACCUUGUUUUAACAUGAAUUUUAAUUCUAGGAGAGUUUGACUUGGAAGACAGAUUUGUUUUAUUAAUCAUAAAUUAAUUGAUGACAUCUUUGAAAGGUACACAAGAAUUAACAAAGAUUCAAUACUCAACUAUUUUGAAAAUAAAGUUACGAUAAGUAACAGGUAUAAUGUGUAGGUUAAGCUAUCAUGCGUCUAUAGGGAAGAAAACAGAUUUGUAGAUUGUGUAAGGUUGCUUAUGUUCAGAAGGGAGAUAACUCUAACAUAUUUUACCGGUAUGACAUAGAAGGUAACUUUCAUCCUUAUUUAAGAGUAUAUAGAAAGAUGAGACUUUGAAGGGAGUCUUAAGAUUUUAUGUAUUACAUGUAUAAAGUAUCAUAUAUCAGGUACAAAAAUGAUAACAGGAGAGAUAUGAAAAGCUGUUAGACAGAUGUUGUAGAAAAGGAAUUCAAAUAAAUACUGUAAUCUGUCUGUAAAAACCGUUUUGUCUGCACUUCUCCUUCUAAAGUAUUUGACCAAUUUUAACGAAACUAAGCACACAUCCUUUCCAUCACAGAAAUAUAUUUGCGAGACUGCUGUGUUGUUGCCAAUGCUUUAAAGAGAGUUAUUUCCCUUGAUAUGCAUUAUCUAAUAACAUUAUCAAGACAAUAGGUCCCUUACUUUCUAUCAAAUCUCCUUGCUUGAAAACUUGCUUGAGGUUAUGCUUUACUAUAAUGAGACCAACUUACAAUUAUCAUUUCAAUGACUUUUUAUGCGGAGUUAUUGCCCUUUCCUUGGUAGAGUUUGACAAGCAGUAUUGUUAUCAACUAGGAGGGCAUAUUAAAUAAGCCAUGAGCUUAUACAAUUCGUUUUAGGUUCGAUACAUUUCUUAGCAAAAUCAUAUUCUAGUUAAGAAUUUAUCAAAGGAGUUGUUUUUCUUGGAGAAUUCAAUUGCUGUGAAUUAUCAAAGUUUUAUUUAUGUGUUAUGGUGAAAAAAUAUGAACCAGGCAUAAAAAGGAUUGUUUCAUUGUUAGAACACUACACAGUGAAUAGAAUUAUUUACAUAUAUAUAUAAUUAGCCUAAAACUUUGUCUCACAGGAGAAACACAGAAUAUUUUUCUGUUUUUUGUUGUUGUAUUUAUUGUCGUUGUAGAUAUCAUUACAAGCUUCAUAUAGUAAACCUGCAUCUAUUGGAAUAUCUCAUCCAAAUCAAAAGAGUUAAAAUUAUUUCUUUGUUGAUAUAUAUAUAUCUUUAAAUUAAUUUUUGAAAAAAAAAAAAAAUGGUUCAAAUUACUGUGUAUCGGGAAAAUUUAGCUUCAGUUUAUUUUUUGCCUUUUAGGCUCUCUGUAUUGUAGUAAACAAAACGAUAUUCAUAGUAAUCAAAUGUGAAAUGGGCAAACAUGGAUUUUACUGGCGAAAUUUGAAAGUUAGACUGCACGAAAAUCUCACUAAAUACAGUAUAGCACUGUUUUAAGCAGUUGAACGGAUGUUAUACUGUAUUUUUUUGGAUAUGUAAGACUCACAAUGAUUAGAUUUUAAGUCUUUAAGAUCAAUCACCCCUUUUAUAUGUGGUUAAGAUGGAGACAACCCAAGGAAUCAGAUAUUUGAUGUCAGGAACACGGUUUCGGCUGUCUCUGUCACAGAAAUGAUUGAUUUAUCAGUUCAAACAUGUUGUGCUUUUUUCACAAAAAUUUUCAUAAAAAAUCUUCAUGAGAUAAUUGAAAGUGUGAUUGAAUGUCUUCCAGUGAAACAUAUACAGUAUAACGGGCUAUUUGUGCACACUUAAAUUUUUUGAAAGUUUGACCCAAAAUUAGAAAAUCAUAUUUAGACGAAUUGCAAUUUUAGGAUCCAGAAAUGUGAAGGAACUGAUAUCCUCCAUUUCUAUUACUAUUGAUGGAUAGGUAUUUGUCAUAACCACAUGCUUGCAGUUUUUUGGCAUCAUUACGACACAGUUAUGAAGUUAAUUAUCACAGCUCAUUUUUACGCUCGUCAUAUUAUCCUGCGCAUAAUAUUUUCACGAUCACGUUAUUGACUGGGGAAAUCACGAAAACUUCAUCCCCCUGAAAUAUCCUGCUUUACGAUAUCUAUUAAACAAUCUCAGAGAUUUAUGUAGCUAUGUUUGUGUAGUUCAAUGUAACAGAUUAACUGAUGGCUGUUUCUUCUCAUUAAAGUACAAAAAUAAAUUUUGAUCCCUAUACUAAUAUAAUCUGUGAAACGACUCUGCUGUUUUUUAAUAUUUCACAAGUGUGGCCUUCAGGCCUAGAAAGUUUUUUGUCAGGACUGGUAUAAUUUUCAACAUUUAGUUUUUUUGGUGGUUUUUUUAUCUACUAGUCUGAUCUAUAUUACAAUAAUAUAGAUCAGGCUAGUAGAUAAAAAAAAGACUAAAAGAUGUGGGUUAGUACACUAAAUAUGAAAUUGUACACCCCUGUUACCUAAAACUAAUCAAAUGUGAAAUUCAUGUUUAAUUUUGCACAAACACUAUAGUUGCUUACCAUGACAUUCACUAUCAAUUUUCCCUUAGACUUGAUCCAGGUAAAGUAUAUUACAAUGCACUAAGGCAUAAGUGCAUACACUCUCCUACCCAAUUUUAUGCAGAGUUAUAGCCCUUUGUUCAGCUUUGAUUCCAAAACUUGACAAGAGGUUGGGGACACUGAUGAGUACAGUAUUACACAGUGGUGUUUAUUCUGCAAGAAUUUUAAUAUUUAAUAUUGUACAUUUUUAUUUGUAAACAACAGUAACCUAUUAUUAUUCCAACUGUUGGGUCUAGAGAAAAUAAUUUUUCUUAAGUCAUAACUAUUACCUGUACACAAAUGUGUUUAAGUGAGAUUUAUGUUUGCCUGAAAAUGAGUCAGGGUAUUGGGAAUACCUAAACCCCUAGUACACUCGACCACCCAACCGUUGUAUCCUGCCUGUCUGAAAAGCUCUGUAUUAAGAAAUCAAUGUAGAUAUGUUUACUGACGUUUGUUCCAGUGUUUUCUGAUGAUAUUUAUAAGAAUAUAUAAACAUAGAGAUGUAUAUCAAGCCUAUAGUAACACUAGACACAAACUUUCAAAUGCCCUAAACAUAUGCAUUUAGCCGAUUACAAAGUAUACACUGAUAAAGUAAACGAAAGAGCAUCAACACCAAGGAUUCCGUUAUGGUAGACAUUUUAUUAUUAUCCAGUUUCGGUAGACUAGGUCUGCCGUCAUCAGAAACAUGUUGACAAUACGUCUGCUGUAACGGACUCCUUGGUGCUAUCGAUGCUCUUCCGUUCACUUUACUGAAUUUAUUACUCUUUGAUGGAGCUCUGUUUGAAUACCCUUGUGGUAUCCACCUCUGAUUCCUGUACCAGACAGACCACUGCCCGUAGGAUGUUGGAUCUCUGUGCUGGAUAAUUGUGUUGGUUUACCAACAUUUUUAUUCCACUUUUUCAUCAAAGUAUACAUUAGUAUUUCAGCAUCAGUUUGUUUGUUACACAUACCAUGACUGCAUAUCAAAUUAACUUGCUUCCUUUACAAACGAUGAUGUUGUCCAAAACUGUGACCUGCCUACAUGUUGCUGCUCCAGGAUGUCUUACUGUGGAGCACUGUGUAAGUAGACUUACUUUCUACAAACUGGUACUAGUUGUCUCCCCUUUAUAAGCCAUGAUCGACAGCAGCUGCCUGCUAUUGGUUGAUCUAUUGUUAUAUUGCUGUUUGUUUAUUAAAGAAUCUAUGAAAUCAA